AUGACAGAAGAAGAAUUCUACAGAAGAAGACGUAGAAUGUGUGAAACAUUUAUUGAUACUGUUUUAACGUCGAGAACUAAUAUCUGUAUUGUUGUUCUUCAUCUUAAACAGGGUAGAGGUCUAAAUGAUGAUAUAAGUUAUUAUGAACCAUUGAGUUAUUACACUGAUGAUGUUCUACACGAUCACAAUAGAGCUAAACGAGACCUAUUCCAUACUGUUCGAUUGAAUAUCAAUGCCUUUGGCAGGUCUUUCAACAUAAGAUUGAAACCUAACAAAGGCGUAUUGUCUGAUGAUAUAGAAGUGUCUACUAGUAAUGAAGAUUACCAUUAUGACGGCUCUGGUAUUUAUAAAGGCUAUAUAGCAAAUGAAGAUCAUUCCAUAGUGCAUGGAAUCAUCAACAGUCAAGGGCAUUUUGAUGGGAAAAUAUGGACUCCUUUUGACCAGUUUAUAAUUGGACCAUCUUUAAAAUAUUAUGAGAACGAACAGCCUUUUCAUUCUAUUAUAUAUAGACUAUCUGAUAUUACCUUUAAUCAAACUAACAUUGAUAAUAAAUCCAUCAGAGAUCUAUUGAAAUUCAAAGCUAGACUCAAUGUACAGGAUAUGAGUGUGGUCUCUGACAACCAUAACACAAGACAUAUAAACCAUAACAUCCAGUAUUUUCACCAACAUACACGGCGACGUCGUGCAGUCCUUCAACCUAAAACAACCUGUGAACUUUAUGUUAAAGCUGAUAAUUAUUUCUAUAAUGCUCAUGGAAACAGCCCCGAUCUAGUAAUAAAUGAAAUUGUGCAAUUUGUACAAACAAUUAACACCAUAUUUUCACCUAUAGAUUUUGACAGAGAUGGGUCUAAUGAUAACAUAAAAUUUACCAUUAAAAAGAUAAAACUAUAUACUAAUGCUUCAGAUCCUGAUUAUGCUCGUUAUGUUGGAAAUAUGGAUGUCGUGAAAUUUCUGGAAAGCCAUUCCGAGGAAAAUUAUGAUGACUAUUGUUUAUCUUAUAUUUUAACUCAUAGAGAUUUUGGUGAAGGAGUUUUAGGUUUGGCUUGGACUGCCUCACAAGAUGAAAAUCAAGUGGGUGGUGUUUGUGAAAAAUACAAAGUUGUUAAUGGUAAAAGUCAAAGUUUAAAUACAGGAAUUGUUACAACUUUAAAUUAUGGUCAAACUGUACCAUCAUUAGUUAGCCAUCUGACGCUGGCUCAUGAAAUAGGACAUAAUAUGGGCUCUGACCACGAUCCGGACAAUGUAACAUGUACACCGAGUGGUACUGGUGGUAAUUAUAUCAUGUACCCUAAAGCUACUAGUGGUAAACAAACUAAUAACCAGUUUUUUAGUACUUGUAGUAUAAAUUAUAUGUCACCGAUAAUCACCAGUAGGGGUACUGGUUUAAAUGGCUGUUUUACAGCUGACAGUGGUUCUAUAUGUGGUAAUAAAGUAAUAGAUGAAGGAGAAGAAUGUGAUUGUGGCUGGGAAGAUGAAUGUCAGGAAUAUUGUUGUAAUGCCCGUGGUGGAAGCGGUACUCCCUGUACUCUCAAAUCUAAUGCCACUUGUAGCACUAGUGCAAAUUACAAUGCUGAAUGUCCCGAGCCACAAAGUUUACCAAAUAAAACAGUUUGUGAUGGUAGUCGAGUUUGUAUGAAUGGUGAAUGUACAGGAUCUAUUUGUUUAGCUUACGAUUAUGAACCUUGCCAAUGUAGUCCAACAGAAGGCGUCAAUUGGAAAGAUGAAGUACUCUGUGCUGUUUGCUGUAUAGUUAAUGAAAAGUGCACAAGUUCAUUUGAAGUCAGUUUUAUGCCUAAUCUCACAAUGGUUCCUGGAAGUCCAUGCUAUGACAAUGAGGGAUAUUGUGAUGUAUUUAGUAGAUGUAGGGAGGUUGAUCCUAGUGGUUUCUAUAAUGACUUAUCAAAAUGGUUGAUAUCAUCAAGUAAAGAAAUUGAAUCAUGGAUAAGUACCAAUUGGUGGGCAGCUGCUUUAAUAGCCUUGGGCUUGGUGAUUAUUCUGGGAUUGUUUGUCAAAUUCUGUAGUAAAUCUCCAUCUAAAGUAAGACGAGAGAAAUGGGAAGAGCAUCAACGACAACGUCAGACACAGGAUGGGUUUAGAAUGCAGCAGCCUCAACAACGAAGGUUAGGGUCUAGUACCAACAGAGUUGCUCCUGUGUUUACUACCCGUGAAAGUCGGGGAGGACAAAUUCAACAAUAUCGCAAUACAUGAUAACAACGUUGUGAGUGGAUGCACAGUGUAAAAUCGUGGUACGAUCGUGAUAAUGAUAUUCUGCUUACUAUUUUAUGUGCCUUGAGUUAUUAAAUUAUUCAGUAUCAUAUAUCUAAAUUCCAAAGGUUUUAUAUUUUGAAUAACUCACACUUAUUGAAGAUAUAUAUUAUGUAUGUUUAAGUAAACAAAAUAUUAUACCAAUGUAAUUGUGUUGUAUUAAUAAUGUCUAAUAACCAACCUAUAUUGUUUAUGUAACACGAUGGCUAAUUGGUCAAGUUGAAUGAGAUAAUGUAAUUAAUACUAAAUGAAAGGGCCAUUAUUUUUGAAUAUUCACCUGCUGGAUUGAUUAAUUAAUAGAUGUCUCAUCUUUACAUUGUACAUAACUAUCAUUAUGUUAAUAUGAUGUUUUAACCUCGUAUCAACCUAUUUUUAAUAACGAGGUUCAGAAAAGUUCAAUAUUGUUAAAAGCCCCAUUUAAAUGAAGACUUUUAUUUCAAUUCAAUAAAUAAGUACGAAUAUAGUCUGCCUUCAUUGAUUUUAUAUUAGAGUGUAUUUUCUGAUGUAUUGAUUGAUUUUCAUUGGUUUUCUUUGUUAAUAAUUAAUAGUCAGCU